AUGCAGUUCUCCAUCGCAAAGGUCGCUUCCGUCUUCUUCCUUCUCUCGGCUGCAUCUGCCAAACUUCACGACAGCUGCACCUGUCACAACGGUGACAGCUACAACUGGCGCAUCACCAUCAAGGCUUGCUCGCUUUACGCCUCCAAGAACUACCAGUGGGGCAAUGGUACCUACAACACCGAGUCCGGACGUUGCACCCAGAACACCGCCAACGACCAACUCGCUGGCGAUCAAUGGGAGGAUGCUUGCCGCGAGAUCGCCUCCAGCGGCUUCGACUGCGCCGACGGCAAGGGCCUGUACUGCAAGGCCAGCCCCGACGACGUUCGCGGGUGGUGCUAA